UGUGCCUCGCACCUCGCACGCCUCUUAAGAGGACCCAGAGAACGUCGUUCCACGCCGUGCGGACAUGAAAAACCGGAUGCCAAUCGAGGCUCUCUAGGGUCGCCCGGAGCCAGCUAGCGCUCGACAGACAGUGUUAGCACGAUUCGCUCUGCCUUCCAUCCAGCCUCAACCUAACGAAUCCUAUAUACCGUCCUCGUCGUUUGCCAUACCCCUUCUUUGGUCGCAACAGCACGAUACAACCAUGUCUCAGAGAGGCGGCAGCUUCCUCACGUUCGAUCGAAAGCCCCCGCAAGUAUGGGUGACCUCCUCGUCCCCUCACCCACCUGAACGUACCCUUCUCUACUGGAGAGAGGACGGCUUCGAUGUCCACUACCUACCCUACGACCGCACAGACAAAGAUGCCUACCUCCGCACCAUCCAUUCCCUAGACAAUGGCAUGGGCCUCACAGAGACGUACGCCAUCGUCUGCUACGGCGAAGCGGCAACCCAGAUCCUCAAAGUCGCCACGAAGCCCAUGCACAAGUGCUCGGCGAUUAUCGCCUACUAUCCUACCCACCUCCCCGAUCCGAAUCACAAAUACCCAAGCAUGCUGAAUGUCACGGUGCACGUAGCCAUGCUGAGCCAGAAGUGCCCACCGCCGGAGCAAUGCGCGUGGAAGUGUUACCAGUAUGAGCAUUGCGCCGUUGGCUUCGCGGAUCCUACGUCGCCCAACUACUCGGAGGGCGAUGCGAAUUUGGCGGGCAGCAGGUCGUUGAUCGCGAUACACCGGGGCGCAAAGAUGGACGUGGACAUUGAACCCGUCGCGGAUGAGGCAUGGAAGGGGAAAUACGAGAUCGAGGAUCCAGAACGGGGCAGUAUGGCCGUCGUCAGCCGCAUGACGCAGAAUGCGCCGCAUGUGACCCUGCUGCCGACGUUAGAGGGCGGGGUAGGCAGGAAAAAACUACAGGAAUUCUACCAAGACAUCUUCAUUCCCAGUCUGGUCGAAGAUUUUGAAAUACGUCUUGUGUCGAGGACCAUUGGCCAUGACAGGGUGGUGGACGAGAUGAUCAUCUCCUUCACGCACACGGAUGAUAUGGACUGGAUUUUGCCCGGAGUUCCGCCAACGGACAAGUACGUCGAGAUUGGAGUGGUGAGCAUUGUAGCUGUCAGGGGCGGAAAACUGGUAUCGGAGCACAUGUACUGGGAUCAGGCGUCCGUCUUGAUGCAGGUCGGCCUCCUCGACCCCAAGGCGGUCCCCAAGAAGAUGAAGGAUGAAGGCCUGAAACGGUUGCCCGUGGUGGGUGCAGAGGCCACCAAGCAGCUGGUGGAGCCCCGCCAUGGCGCCUACAACGGCUUGCUGAGAAUGCACGGGUUGUUGGACGGUUUGCAGGAGUUGAAUGCCGUGAAUGGUUCAUAAGGCGUGCUUCUAGUCUGGAGUCUUUGGACGUUCAAAUACUGGCGGUCGGGUUUAUGCUUUGGGGGGGUUCUAAGCAAUGAAGCUGCAGGUAGGGAGCUUGUAAUUCUUGAGAACCCAGUAUUUUCUCCUCACUCCUUCCCAUUCGCCCUCAGAAUCCAGAUCCGGAACCGGUAUGGUCUCCCAUUCUGUGUCGAAGCCCGCUUCAAACAAGUCCAUCUCCACGACCUUGCAGUAGACAUCGUAGCAAACCUGUCGAUCUGCGCCCAUGCCGCAGAAGAAGCCAAAUCUGCCUCCUUCGCCGUUAGGUCCGCCUGCAGGGUCGAGUAGUC